AUGGAGAAGUCAUUGGCACAGAGUCAUACAGAUUUCCAGGCUGAGUACAAAUUUCAGUUGGGAGCCGUGUGGCUGUGCCCGGCGGCCCUGAUGGGCCUGUGCCACCUCCUGCGCUGGUACCGGGAGAGGCAGGUGGUGAGCCACCUCUGGGACAAGUACGUCUUCAUCACGGGCUGUGACUCGGGCUUCGGGAACCUGCUGGCCAGGCAGCUGGACCUGCGAGGACUCAGGGUGCUGGCUGCGUGUCUGACCGAGAAGGGGGCCCAGCAGCUGAGGAAGCAGAUGUCCGACAGGCUGGAGACGGUGAUCCCGGAUGUCACCAGGACAGAGAGCAUCGCUGCGGCCACCCAGUGGGUGAAGGAGCGCUUAGGGGCAGAGAUACACCCGGACUUCUUUUGUGUUUGUUUAUUUCUUCUCUCUGAGCAAGAGGAACUCUCUUCUGCUCACUGGGAAGAUCCCGAAGAUGCUUUGAUUUUCAAAGCCUUGCCCUUUCCUUGAAACUGAUGCAGGGUGUUUCAGAGUCUGCCCCCUGAUGUCCAAUGUAGAGCUAUUCUCUAGAUUCUUCUGCCCUGGGUUUUCAAUUGUGCUUCUCCCAGACAGAUUUUAGAAAGUGAUUAUUCAUGUUUUUUUCUUUCCUUUUUCUCCUUUAUUUCUUUUAAAAAAAAUUUCCAUUUUCCUUUCUCUUCUCUAGCUUUCCCUUCCUUUCUGUUUCUUACUCUUCCUCCUGCCUGUCUUUGUCUUUCUCCUAUAUGAGAAAUAUUCAAACUCUAUACGGAAGCAAUAACCAUCAUCAUGAGAUUUGUGAGCCCCAUUCUACGUUCCCAAACUGUCUAUGCAUUUAGUUAAGAUGGUUUUAUUGCCUACUGAAUGUAAGCAGUGGUAGAGCCCGUGCUCAGCAUGCACAAGGUCCUGAGUUCAAUCCCCAAUGCCUCCAUGGAAAAUAAAUGAAUAAAAAUCUAAUAACCCCCCCCCUCCAAAAGAAGCCCCAAACCAAACAAACAAACACGCACAAAAAACCCAGAUACUUCUUUGCGAUUUCUAAGAGUACACGAUAAGUGUGUUGGGGACAAGAAGAUUUGGUCUUUACCUGAAAAGUCUGACAGCUGAGAAAGGGACAGGAGAUACAGAAAUGUUGAUCCCUUAUGACCAUCCCUUAUGAUGGUCAUGACUAAGUUAGCCAUGGUGGCCUUGGUAGGCAGCAGAAUGAGGGGAGGGUCUGGGAGAUAGGGACUGAGCUGAGGAUUGACGAAGUGAACUUGGGAACCUGGCAACCUGACGAAGUAGAGUGGGAAGACUUUCUGAGUGAGGGGAUAGUGUCAGCCUAGGCCUAGGAUGAGUAAUGGUUGAACACUUAUGCUGUGGGGUCCCUCAGGGGCAGGCAGAAAUGAACGAGUGGGAUUAUGGAGGGCUGUGGAUCCCAGACAGACUAUGGAUCAUUAUGCUGUUUCCAAUGGAACCCCAUGGAAGGACUUUUAUCAGGGGAGCUAUAAUAAUUGAAUAAACCUCUAGAGAACCUACUGGCUGCAGAGCAGAGGAUGGCUCAGAAUGUGGGGCCCUGAGACCGUAGGUAGGGAGAUGCUCCUUAGAUGACAGUUAAAAUAACCCAGCUGACUGGUGGCCAGGUUGUUGACUAGAGCAGAAGAGGGGAGGAGGAGUGUGGAGGAGGUAAGGUGGGAAACUCCGGUGAUUGGAUAGAUGUGAGGGGAAUAGGAGGAGAUAGCAUAUAAGUGGCGCUGAGCAGCACGGCUGGUAGGAUUUAGAGCUGAUAAGCACACGUAUGUGAAAUAUUUCAAAAAAUAUUCAAACUCUAUACAGAAGCAGUAACCGCCAUCAUAAGUUUUCUCUCCUUGGCUGCUGUGUUUCACAACUCCCUGACCUUUCAAACUUAACCACCCCAGUCUGCGGUGAGGUUUUAUUGAUUUUGUUUGGCUCCCGUGGUGGCUGAAGACCUUGCCACUCUGCCUCUUGGCUAGCAGACAGGAGCUCUCCUACUCUGGGAUGACGUGGCUAUGACUGAGUCUGGUUACUGUAAGACCAAUAUGACCAGCCCUGAGAUGUUUUGGGGGGCUUACGGGCAGCAUUGUACUGGUCCAUCCCAGAGGUCCAAGGGGAAACGUUCUUAGCAGCAGGUGAGUGAGCCAUGGACCUUGGGGAGAGAAGCAAUCAUUUCUCUGGAAGCCUGGGUCCAUCAUUAGUACCUCCUCCAGUCUCAGGUCCAUUCUCCAGGCUCUGACUCCCCCACGUAAUGGGGACAUGAGCUCCACCCCCAGGUCCUGUGUGGUCAACUGGUGACCUAAGGAAAGGAUCUAGGCCUUGUAGACCCGAGCACCACUGUCUCAUACAAACCCCUUGCUAUUUUGGGAAGAAACUGUAAGCCUUAGAGGGAUGAUAUCCAUGGACUCGUGGCAAACUGACAUUAGAGCAGCUGGUUUUCAUGUGCUUAGGUUUCUAAUGUUUGUAGCAACAUCCAAUGUGUAUCAGAUAUUCUCAGAAAUAUGGCCAGAGGUCACUUAGUGUGGAACAGUUGUUACUGUGGGAAGAAUUUGGGCACUUCUUGGGAGAUUUGGAUGGGUUUGGGGUAGGGGGUGGCCAGGAAUUCUUUGAAGCUUUCUUCCCAUAUUAGAGCUGUGAAUUGGAGAGGAGGGAUGUGGAAGUAUAUAAGGCAACUCUCUCAUCCUGAACAGACAUCAAAAUAAUAAAGUAUUUUGAAACAU